AUGGCCCCGGAGGUAAUCAUGUGCGAGACGCUGAAGGACAGUCCUUACAACACGCAGGCUGACAUUUGGUCUCUUGGUGUAACUCUGAUUGAGUUUGCCCAGAUGGAGCCUCCUAAUCAUGACAUGCACCCUAUGAGAGUCCUUAUCAAAAUACAGAAGUCAGACCCUCCUCAACUUUCCAAACCAUCGCGAUGGUCCAAAGACUUCAAGGAUUUUGUGAACCUGUGUUUGGUGAAGAGUCCAGAUCUGAGACCCACAGCUGAGGAACUGUUGAUGCAUCCAUUCAUCCGCGACUACACGGACAAAUCUGACCUUGUUGACCUCAUCCUGGAGGCUAAGGCAGAGGUCGUAGAAGUCAUUGAGGACUUGGGAGAGGAUGAGGACAUAAUGCAAAUGAAGAAACACAUGAGUGAUGCCUCGUCUAUAUCCGACCUUGAUAAUGUUUCUGUCAGCGGAGACAGCGACAAAAAAUCUCCGACUCCAGAACGUGUGGUGGUUCCAGGAAAGGUAGAGCAGCU